AUGGCCCACUCAAAGCGCAACACCUCCCUCCCCCAUUUCACCUCGUACGAACGCUCCCUCCUGCGCAACAACUGGGGCACCCAACGCUCUCUAAUCUCCCGCGACUCCUUCCUGCCCUUCGCCUCGUGCCGAUUAUGCUUACAACCCGCGCGCUCGCCCGUCGCGUGCGCGAUUAACGGGGAUUUAUUCUGUCGCGAGUGCGCGAUUAGUGAUUUACUUGCUCAGCGGAAUGAGAUUAAACGCCUCGAAAAAGAGAGGGGGGAAGCGAGGAGGAGGGUUGGUGAGGAGGAGGAGAGGGUGAAAGAAGAGGCGAGGGAGAGGGAGGUUAGGGAGUUUGAGAUGGUUAGUAUGGGGCUUGAGGAUAAAGGGAAUAAUAAAAAACGGAAAGUUGGGGAUGAGAGGGAGGUUGAGGUUGGGGGGAAGAGGAAGAAGAUGUUUGAGCUGGAUGAGAAGGAGUUGGCGAGGGUGACGAGGGAGGAGGAGGAGAGGUUGAAGGAGGAGUUGAAGAGGGAGAAGUCCGAAUCGAACAAAUCCGCUCUACCCUCGUUUUGGGUCCCCUCGCUCACACCCGGAACCGACAUUAACGAAAUCAUCGCCAAUAAAGAUAUCAAGUUAACGCCCAUAUGCCCCGCCUCGUCAGACACGAACCGUCAUGCAUACUCGCUCAAAGCCCUCGUGGAGGUCCAUUUCACAGAAGAAAAAGCAUCAGACGGAUCAGUCGCGCGGGUGUGUCCGAGUUGCAAGAAGGAUUUGAGUAAUGGGUUACGAGCUAUGCUAACAAAACCAUGCGGCCACAUGAUCUGCCAACCUUGCGUCAAGAAAUUCAUGACCCCCCACGACACCAUCGACCCGCACGCCACAAAAGAAGAACAGGAACAUACAGCCGGGUUACAAGGCCGUAUACUAUGCUACGUCUGCGAGGCGGAUGUGACGCCCGGGGGUCCUCCGAGGGAUGAUAAUGUGGAUGCGGAGCAUAACGGCAAGAAAAAGAAGAAGUCAAAGAAGGAUAAGGAGGGGAUAUUGCCUGGUUUGGUGGAGGUUUGUUCGGAGGGGACGGGGUUUGCGGGGAGGGGAGGGAAUGUUGCGACGAAGACGGGGGUUGCUUUUCAGUGCUAG